UUUUGAGCUAAAUAACACCAGAUAAGUCUCCCCCUACAUUCUACUGAUUCUUGAGCUGUCAGCAAGGAAACUCAAGAUCAAAGCAUUGAUCAAAAUUCAAAACUAAUGAUUUCAGUGCAAACCUAUAAAAUAUGUCUUCAAACAACAUUUCUGUUCCACCCCUCAAAGCUUCUAAAUUGUAGUCGAACACAAACAAGCCUGAUAGCCCAAAAGAAGGGUGCACUGAGAGAAAUCAAAUGCAGUAGUGAGGGAGAAAAGAAGGGUGACAGACGAACAUUUUUGACUCUGGAGGAAGCUGGUUUGGUGGAGAUAUCUGGGUUGAGCACGCAUGAGCGCUUUCUAUGCCGCUUAACAAUAUCAUCACUGAAUUUACUGAGAGUGAUAUCAGAGCAAGAAGGGUGUUCAAUCGAGGAGCUCAAUGCUGGCAAGGUAUGUGAUUGGUUCCUCAAAGACAAGCUCAAAAGGGAGCAGAAUAUAGACUCUGCAGUUCUUCAAUGGGAUGAUUCCAAUUUGCCAUUUUAAUUCUUUUUCUAUUAAUUUAAAGCCAUAGGUUUUCUACCAUAAUGGGUUGACACUUCCUUUGGUGUUCUAAUUCAUAAUUCUUAUGCUUUGGAAUGUUGAUUUACACUUAUUAACUUAUUUAAAUAUUAUCUAUAUAAAGACUUGCC